GGUACUUCACUUCAUAGAUUGUGUUAGCUUUCUUUUGUAGAUUUCACAUUUCAAUAUGCCACCAAAGCCCAGUGGGAAAGCAGUGAAGAAGGCCGGUAAGGCCCAGAAGAGACCCACCGAUGGCAAGAAAAGAAGGAAGAAGAGAAAGGAGAGCUACAGCAUCUACAUCUACAAGGUGCUGAAGCAGGUGCAUCCAGACACAGGCAUCUCUAGCAAGGCGAUGGGAAUCAUGAACAGCUUCGUUAACGACAUCUUCCAACGCAUUGCCGGCGAGUCUUCUCGUCUGGCGCACUACAACAAGCGUUCAACGAUCUCAAGCAGGGAGAUUCAGACGGCUGUCCGUCUCAUCCUUCCCGGAGAGCUUGCGAAGCACGCCGUUUCUGAGGGAACCAAGGCUGUCACAAAGUACACCAGCUCCAAGUAGAGCAAACUCGCCGUACCAGUAAAACCACCGGCCCUUUUUA